AUGUCGAACAUCUGGGACUCCAUCACCGGUCGCAAACAAUCCAAGGGCUCCGAGGCCACCGCAUCAGCACCAGAUGCUACCAGCUUCCUAGCCGAUCUUCCCGACCCCUCUCAGCUCCAUCCCCUCGCCGGCCUGAACCAAGAUACCCUCGACUACAUCACCCUCGAAGACUCCGCGCUCGACCAAACACCCGGAUCGCGCUCUGUGCUGCCCUCCCGUGGAUGGUCCGAUGAUCUCUGCUAUGGAACAGGAACGACUUACCUUGCUGGUUUGACUCUCGGUGGUGCCUGGGGUCUGGCGGAGGGACUGAAGAAGACGCCCGUCACCGCUCCGCCGAAGAUCCGCCUCAACGGUGCUCUCAACUCCAUUACGAGACGAGGACCUUUCCUCGGUAACUCGGCUGGUGUGGUCGCGAUGGUCUACAACGGGUUUAACUCCGGUCUGGGCUACGCGAGGGGUAAGCACGAUGCUGCUAACAGCAUUGUGGCGGGUGCGUUGAGUGGAAUGGUCUUCAAGAGCACGAGGGGUCUUAAGCCUAUGGUGAUUUCGGGUGGUAUCGUUGCUGGUAUUGCUGGUGGUUGGACUGUCCUGAGCAAGGCUCUCCUGUAA